AUGGCCAACCACUCACAACUUAACUUCCAAGACGCCUCCUCCCCCAUCAUAGAGGAACUAAUGGGAUUCCACGACCAUGCCCUAAUGGUCGCCCUGGCAAUCUGCAGUCUAGUCCUCUAUCUACUGACUGUCACACUAACCGGAAAACUAUCAUCCAACACAGUCGACGCACAAGUAAUCGAACUCGUCUGAACAAUCCUACCAGCCAUGGUCCUAGUAGCAUUAGCUCUGCCAUCCCUACGAAUUCUAUAUAUAAUGGAUGAAAUCAAUGAACCAGACCUAACGCUAAAAGCCAUUGGCCAUCAAUGAUACUGAUCCUACGAAUACACUGACCUAAAAAACCUCACAUUCGACUCCUACAUAAUCCCCACAACAGACCUACCACGAGGCCACUUCCGCCUACUAGAGGUAGACCAUCGCGUUGUAAUCCCUACAAGCUCCACCGUUCGAGUCAUCGUCACUGCAGACGACGUUCUCCACUCAUGAGCCGUACCAAGCCUAGGAGUAAAAACCGAUGCGGUCCCAGGCCGACUCAACCAAACUUCACUAUUCGCCUCCCGCCCAGGAGUGUUCUACGGACAGUGCUCAGAAAUCUGCGGGGCCAACCACAGCUUCAUACCAAUUGUAGUGGAAUCAACCCCACUCGCCAACUUCGAGAGCUGAUCCUCAUCAAUCCCAUCAUAA